AUGGGUAUUGGGCCAUCGGCCCAAAUCUUGUUCAAAUAUAUUGACCUGUUAGAAAAAUCAAAAUUCAACGACGUCGUAUCGCUUUUCAUCUGGCUUUUGUCCGACUUAAGUGAUUACUCAACUCCUACUCGCAGACUUUCCUCUUUGGCUCUCUCGUCCUGCAAUAGCUCCAGAGAUCGGCGGUGGAAGUGGUUGAAGUUGAAUAUCUCCGACGCUAUCCAAUCCAGGCUCCACGAUUGA